UUGAUGUGCUUGUGGGUCUGUUGAUGUUAAUACACAUGUCUUGGAGUCUCGUGUAAAAGGGGAUGAAUUCCUGGAUAUGCGGAUUAAAACGUUAAGAAGAGUUUACAUAGCAUGAUGUCCGCGAAACUAAUGAAUAGAGCUAUACAAUUAUGUUCACGGGUGGGACAAUAGACCCAACUUGGAGAUGAUAAUGGUUCCCUUCGUCAGAGGGGAACUCCUACUUCGCAAAAGGACUUGUUAGCAUUCCUUCCGAAAUCUUUGUCCGGUUAGUAACCUCGCCAUACACCUGCCCAAAGAAGGUGAAUGCAUUAAUUUUACAGGUUGCUCAUAUAUGAAGUUCUUCUUUUUUGACGGUGUUUCUUUUCUUUAUGACAAGCGUUUGUAUGCUUUUGGGGUUAUCUCUCGUCUUUACUUGAUAACAAACCGCCCAACAGACUGUUUAUGUAUAUACUUCCGUUCGUUAGGCUUAUUAGUUUAUGUACUGUUCAGGAAUGAUCGGAAAUGCUUCUGGAAGAUUAUAUCACAUCUAAUUCGACGACGGCUUCCAUCGCAGAUCAAGUUCAACAACACUUUUUGCCCAAUUCCUACGGCUCGGUGCCUCUGCCUCCAACAGAUAACACCAUGGAAUUAUUAGGACCACCGCCAGUUACUCGACUUGUCCCAGACAACCUAGCUGCAGCGGCGAGGUUGCCGGCAAACUCGGCAUCCCGCGUUGAAGCAAUCAAGAACUUGCUCUGCUCCGAGUCUGAUUCGGAGUUUAGUGCGCUCUCCGGUGACAACUCCAAUCUUGCCAAGCAAAACCCCAGCCUCCCACCAUCAGCAUCAGGUGGACCUUUACUGUUUCCCGCCCAGCUGCAGGCAUCCCUUUCCGCGAUUCCCCCGCCGAUCCCUCGGAUGAGCUCCUAUGCUGCUCCUACAUCGAUUGGUGACUACCGAACACCGCGCCAUCCAUACCAUAUUCCGCUCACCAUCAAGAUCCCGAACAAGAUCAGAUUGCCACCGCAGAAGGAUGGUAAGAGGAUAAACCAGCACACUUACAAGCCACAUGCACCAGGAGAUGGGCUGCUGAAGAUCGACCGGAAACCAAACACGACUGCAGCUUCGAUCCCCGGAGUCCCUGUGGCCUUGGUGAUGACCGAUAGAUCAUACCAGAGCACCAUCAUGACCGAUCACGGGAUUCUUAAUAUCAUCAGCUCCAAUGAACCUGGAUCAAAGGUUCCUACCCCACCCCCAUCAUAUCUCAGCGUCAAUUCGAACUCGACAGGGUCAUCGUCGUGUUCAUUGGCACCAAGCCUAGCAUCGACAUCGUCCCUCGAAGAUCAAGCCCAGGCUGCAAUGGCGAUGUCAUCAUUGACGCACUCGAUGACGACCUCCAAUGGCACCAUUCCUAAAAGAUCAAGAUCGAGAGGUGGAGUUGGUAAAAAACGCACAUCAUUCACAAGGAAUCAAAUUUGCGCCAUGGAGCAGAGGUUCGAUCAACAGCGAUACUUGACAAGUGUCGAGAGGAAAGAGUUUUCAAACUCGAUUGGUCUCGAUGAUCAUCAUGUCAAAAUAUGGUUUCAAAACCGUCGUAGCAAGCUGAAAAAGCAAGCUGUUGUUAGCAGCAGCGAUGCCACCGCACGAUCACUGGUGAAUAUCCGAGCUAAACAACUUCCUGGGCAAAACAUUCAGCCUUCUAAAACCAUCACAUAUCACGUGACCAAAUCAGAAAAUACGUCAUCUUAUGCAUCGUCCUGCCAGCUGACAAAACCCGCGCCAGGAGUGCAUCCAUCGCAUCCCACUCCUGCCACCGUUUAUCAUCCGACCAUGAAUGGUUCGAUUCCCGCAGGUAUGGCGCCACCUAAGUCUGGAUCGGGCAUGUUGUAUGCACCAAUGAACCCAGUCAUUUCAUCAGUUACGAAUUCAUAUUCGUCUUCGACGAUCCCAGCUGGUGUGAACGUCUUCGGAGCCGGCGUGCAGGGUGUUUCUGCCGUUGGGGCGCCGCCGUUCGCUCAUCCAUACGCGCCCCAGCAGCCCGACUCGAAAGCAACUACCAUGAUGUCGUCUGCUUCCCAAGGUAAUGUCCCGACAAUGACAACCCAGAUGAGUGCGACGCACGGGGUAACAGCGAAUGGUGUUCCGUUUCAGCCGCCAUAUGGCUACGUCUACGAUUACGGUGCCGAUCAAGGAAACUCUUUUGUCACUCAGAGUUCAAGAUCGUCGUCACCCUUCGAAAAUUUCCCGUUUUCACCUGCAGGAUUCCAUUGCCAUCCGGAUGAUGUCAGUGUCAAUCCAUUUAAUCAGAUGGCAAUAGUGCCUCCGGUGAAUAUAAUGUAAUAUUGACUUGCCAGUGGAAUGUAAUUUAUAUACAGUCUUUUAUAUUGAUCAAUUGAACAGAUAUGGAGCAUGUGAAACUUUGCGAAGGAUAAUAUUUCAAAAUGUUUCGUCGGGAUUUUUUCUUUCCUAUCUAAAUUUCUCUUUAUUCUUCUUAAUGAUCUUUGUCUGUUUGAUUUUUGGUCAAAUUGAAAAGUUUAUUUUGUUUUGAGCAGAUAGUAAGUUCCUUUACAAAUACUUAUUUUAGCAUAAGUUUCUUAAUGUCUUUUUUUAUUUCAUUUGAAAUAAAUUACUUUUUACGAAAAAAAAUAUUCAAAAUAUAAAGAUAGUGGCUGAAGGGACGGGUGAAAUAUUGCGAAUACCUUGAUCCUGUAUACACGGAGUUUUGCAAUCAAUCGCAAAAUGGCAGUGGCCAAUUAGUAUCAUUGUUAUAUACACACUCAUUAUCCUUUUCCACCAAUCAAAAGCAUUAUCCACGAAAACUUGCAAUUGGUCGUAAAUGCAAAUGUUAAUGGGUCUCGGAUUCUUAUUUGCUUAAAGGACAAGUCCACCCCAACAAAAAGUUGAUUUGAAUAAAAAGAUAAAAAUCCAACAAGCAUAACACUGAAAAUUUCAUCAAAAUCGGAUGUAAAAUAAGAAAGUUAUGACAUUUUAAAGUGUCUCUUAAUUUCACAAAACAGUUAUAUGCACAUCCUGACUAGUAUGCAAAUGAGGAGACUAUGACGUCAUCCACUCACUAUUUCUUUUGUAUUUUAUUAUAUGAAUAUGAAAUAUUCUAAUUUUCUCAUUGUCAAGUGAUACAACGAUUAAUUCCUCCCUGAACAUGUGGAAUUAGCAUUGUUUAAUACUAUAUGGUUCAGUCAAGUUGGUCCUUAAUGUCAAAUCUAUAAAACAUGAAAUAUUGUAUAAUUCAAACAAUAAAAAACAAAAGAAAUAGUGAGUGAUGGACAUCAUCGACUGACUCACCUAGUUGUGUAUAUCACUGUUUUUUGAAAAAUAAGUGAAAAUUUAAAAUGUCAUAACUUAUUUUUUUUCAGCACUACGCUUGUUUGAUUUUUUUCUAACUAUUCAAGUCAGCAUUUUCCAGGGGUGGACUUGACCUUAAACCUACCAAUAUUCCUACCAAAUCUAAUGCAAGAGUCACUUCAACGAAACCGACUUGAAAGAUAUUAAUGGUAUGCCAUUUGUAAUAUACAUAAUAGCAGUUGGGGAUCCAGGUGGGGGACAUCCAGCCCGUGUGCCCUCCCCCUCCCCUUGAGGGGCACAUUUUAAUUUUUGCUUGUCAAAUUUUUCAUGUAACAAAAUAACUUCAAUUCGGGAGUGAAAACAUUUUUUUUUUUGCUUGUCAAAUUUUUCCUGUAUAAAAAUGACCCCCCCCCCCACCCUUGGAAAAUCCUGGAUCCGCCCCUGUUCCCGAUUUGGUUUCAUUUGUGUGAAAGCUGGAUGUUGAGUUUAGGAAUACGCCUGCAAGUUAAUGCAUUUUAGAGUACUUACAUGUAACUGCGACGUAAUCAUCUUUAACAAAAAAGAGCAAACAAAUAUUUAUAUUUUUGCGUUUCUGUAUUUCAUGAUGGUUUUUCAGUAUUAGAUAUAUAAAAUACUCCACAUGCAUGUACUUUGAUACAAAUCUGCGCAUUGUGGCCAAAAGUAUGACGACAUGAAUACCUAAUUACCUCUAGCUGAAAUCUGAGUAAAACUGCCUGGAAACAGGCCAAUUUAUUUCAAUGGGCUAAGAGGGUAUUUAUGCUACAGUAAGCACUUCUGGGCGCUAUGCAGAUGGUGUGCCCGAUGGUGUUACACAUGCACUCACUAUUUUGAGGUUUUUAUUGUAUUACACACGAAAUAUCAAAUAUUUGAAUAUUUAAUGAUGAGGAACCCUUCACUAAAUUACAAUUAUGAUAAUGAUUUUGCAACGAUUGGAGUGAGAAAAUGAUAUGUCAAAUAAUACAACACAUUAUUGAUACUUGAAUUGAAUUUUAAAAAAAUAAGCUAAAUUGUAGUGAUUGUGCAUGUGACAUCAUCGUCUCUUACUUGCAUACCCUGCCAAUGAUACACAUCUCUACUUUUUUUCAUAAGUGAAAGUUCAAAAUGUAAUAAUUUUCAAAUUUUUUAUCCGCCUUUUAAUAACAUUUUACAGUGGUAUACCUGUUGUUUUUCCGAUUAUAUUUCUCUUAAUUUUUGCCGGAGGUGACUUGCCAUUAAAAGAAACAUGA